GCGCAACGCCGACAGUUCUCCGAGUGCAAGUAUGUGGUGUGGUUCCCCUUGAACGGUCUCGGCAACCGCAUGCUCGCCAUCGCCUCCACCUUCCUCUACGCGCUGCUCUCCGGCCGGGUCAUGCUCGUCAAUGUGCCGCAGGAGCAGGAGGGACUCUUUUGCGAGCCCUUCCCGGGCACCUCCUGGGUGCUCCCCGACGGGUUCCCGGAGGGGAGUCCGAUGAAGCUCUACGCCGGUGCGCCGGAGAGCUACGUCAACAUGCUCAAGAAUAAUGUGAUCCGAUACGACACACCGGCGUCAUCCCUUCCGGCACACGUGUACCUCCACCUCGAGCAGAUCGGGCAGAGGCUGUCCGACAACAUCUUCUGCGACGACGACCAGCGGCUGCUCGGCAAGUUCGGCUGGAUGAUACUCAAGUCCGACAGCUACUUCGCGAUGGCGCUGUUCCUGACACCCAUGUACGACAAGGAGCUGGCGAGGAUGUUCCCGUACAAGGAGGCGGUGUUCCACCACCUCGGUCGGUACCUCUUGCACCCGACCAACAGGGUGUGGGGGAUCGUGAGAAGGUACUACGAGGCAUACCUCGCGGGGGUGGAUGAGAAGAUCGGGUUCCAGAUCAGGAUCUUCCCGGAGAGGCCGGUCAAGUUCGAGAACAUGUACGACCAGCUCACCAGGUGCAUCAAGGAGCAGCGGCUGCUGCCGGAGCUCGGAAAGGCGGAGCCGGCGGCGAACACGUCUGGCGACGGGAAGGUGAAGGCCGUGCUGAUCACGUCUCUCUACUCGGGAUACUACGACAAGAUCCGGGGCAUGUACUACGAGAACCCGACCAAGACAGGGGAGAUCGUGGCGCUUUACCAGCCGACCCACGAGGAGAAGCAGGAGUACGCGUCCAACGAGCACAAUCAGAAGGCGCUGGCGGAGAUCUACCUGCUCAGCUACUGGGACAAGAUCGACAUGAGCGCGUGGUCCACCUUCGGCUUCGCUGGCGUGAAGCCGUGGAUCUUGCUCCGGCCGGACUGGGACAAGGAGGUGUCCCAGGUCGCGUGCGUCCGCUCCACGUCUGUCGAGCCGUCCUUACACUCGCCGCCGGCACUGGGGUGCGGGGCGAAGAAGGAGGUCGACGUGGCCGUCAUCAAGCCGUACGUUCACACACACACAACAAAAACACAUAUUAGUUAGGUGUUAUGGUACUGUUUAGUUUCGGUUUCUUUUCAAACAACUAAAAGCCUUGUGUGUCGAUAUAUUAAGAGGGGGGAAAUCCAAAUACAGAUAUGUUACAUGUUGGAGGACAGCAACUUUGGGUGCAGGCAGGUUAUGUAAUCACACGGCAGUGCCCGGCGCAACGGCAAACUAUCUACUCCCCCGUCAUCCCAUAAUAUAAGAGCAAAAUGCAAAUUUCAUAUUCAGAUAUUGGACUGGACUUUAAAGUUUGCAUUCUUGCAAAAUUUGUAC